AUGGAUCAUAAACGAGCGGUGAUCUAUAAAAAGAGACGAGUGAUAUAUCAAUCUGAAAAUGAGACUAGUGAUCGGGAAAAUACUGAGGAAGAAGAUGAAGACGAGGAAGAUAUUGAAGAUAGCCCAUAUGACGAUAUAAAACUGGACGAUUUAUUAGCUCCUAUAGAAUCGCCGGAACAAAUAGUCACACACCCAGCAAUCUCUAGAACGUACACAAGCAAUACUUUGAAGUACAUGUCUAUGCGUGCUUUGGAUAUAAUAAAUCAAGAACAGGAGCACGUUGUGAAACUUGCAAAACUUAUGAGCGCGUUUUUAGGUGACGACCCCUCAUACUUAUUGGCUGAUAAGCUGAACCUACCUCAGUACAACGAGACAGGUGAGGAAGAAGACGAAUUUGUCCGUUUCGAAGGGUCCCGCAAUGGUAGUGUAAAUGGUGGAGCUGGAAACACUGGGACAAGUGCCGGUAUAGCAUCUACUAGUUCAAAUGGCCUUGUAAAAACAGAGGAUCCUUCUUUGGCAGAUAAACGCAUAACGAGGACACAAUCCACUAUGGAAAUUGAUCCAUUUUUCGCACUACCCCAAAUCAAUAUUGAUCAAAAUUUUGGAAUACUGCCUGAAAAUGCUGAAGAGACCCGCCAGCUCACUCAAAUUGCUCAGCAGCGUAUGGAGGAGUUUAUCCGCUGUAUGACUAAUGUACGGUCAGGACUAUUACGUGCUGACCGGUAUCGGAACAAGGUCUAUCUUUGGUGCCAGCAGAUGAAUGGUGGUGAUGAGCUUCCUGAAUCCAUUGUAUCUGAUCCUCUCAUGAAAAAGAAGCCCGACCCUGAUGCGACUAUAGCUGCUGCUGAGGCUGCUGAGGUUUCUGGCGGAAAUAGACAGUAG